AUGGCGCUGAGAUCGCCUAAGAGAGCAAAAACAGGAGGUCCUCGCUGCCUCCCAACAACCUUUGACCUUAGAUCCCGCCUUCCGCCAAUCUUUGACCUUAGAUCCCGCCUUCCACCAACCUUUGACCUUAGAUCCCGCCUUCCACCAACCUUUGACCUUAGAUCCCGCCUUCCACUAACCUUUGACCUUAGAUCCCGCCUUCCACUAACCUUUGACCUUGGAUCCCGCCUUCCACCAACCUUUGACCUUGGAUCCCGCCUUCCACUAACCUUUGACCUUAGAUCCCGCCUUCCACCGACCUUUGACCUUAGAUCCCGCCUUCCGCUAACCUUUGACCUUAGAUCCCGCCUUCCGCCAACCUUUGACCUUAGAUCCUGCCUUCCACCAACCUUUGACCUUAAAUCCCCAACUUCCGCUAACCUUUGA